AUGGCUUCAUCUUCAUGGGUUGAAGAGCUGCGUUUCACCCAGCUUAAAAUCCCUUUAAGCAUCCAUGAAUCGAUUCAGGUGAUGCCGGCUGGGCCUACACCUGCUGCCCCCGGCGACAGCCUCUACCUUUCAAACCUUGACGACAUUGUGGGAGCCCGUGUAUUCACCCCCACUAUAUAUUUUUAUCGUUUAGAAGACUCCAUUCGCCCCGUCAUGGAAACAUUACGCCAGGCUCUUGCCAAUGUUUUAGUUCCUUACUACCCUUUAUCUGGGAGGAUCAGAGAAACCCAUAAUGGCAAAUUGGAAGUGUUUUUUGGUCCUGAACAAGGUGCUCUCAUGAUUAAGGCACACUGCGAAAUGGCCUUAGAUGAUCUCGGAGACCUAACAGUACCAAACCCGGCAUGGGCACCGUUGAUCUACAAGUUUCCCAAUGAAGAGCCAUACAAGAUUAUUGACAUGCCAUUAGUUAUAGCUCAAGUGACUCUGUUUAGCUGCGGUGGCUUCAGCCUUGGCCUUAGACUCUGCCAUUGCAUCUGUGAUGGUUUUGGUGCUAUGCAGUUCCUCAAUGCGUGGGCUGCCACUGCAAAAGCAGGUAAAUUGGUGGUAAAUCCUCAGCCUUGUUGGGACAGAGAAUUUUUCCGGCCUCGCCACCCGCCAAUCAUAAAACACCCACAUAUUGAAUAUAUGAGAAUUGAUGAAGGUUCAAGCCUAACAAUGAGUUUGUGGCAAACCAAGCCUGUCCAGAAGUGUUACCGGAUAAGCAGGGAGUUCCAAGCGCAUCUCAAAACUCUAGCUCAACCGGAUGACAAUUUCCCAUGCACUACUUUUGAUGCAAUGGCUGCUCAUAUUUGGAGGUCAUGGGUGAGAGCACUUGAUGUCAAACCACUUAACUAUAAGCUUAGGCUUACAUUUUCUGUCAAUUCUCGCCAGAAACUGAAAAACCCGCCAUUGAAAGACGGCUUUUAUGGCAAUGUAGUGUGUGUGGCAUGCGCAAUGAGCUCUGUUAAUGAGAUUGUUAAUGGGCGGCUCAAGUACACAACCCGUCUGGUUCGUGAAGCUAGACUCAGUGUCUCAGAGGAGUAUCUAAGAUCUACAGUGGAUUUUGUUGAAGUGGAGAGGCCAAGAAGGCUUGAAUUUGGAGGAAAAUUGACCAUAACUCAAUGGACAAGAUUUUCAAUUUAUGACUCUGCAGAUUUUGGGUGGGGAAGGCCAGUUUAUGCCGGUCCAUUUGAUCUCACUCCAACACCACAGGUUUGUGUGUUUUUGCCUGGAGGAGGAGCUGAUCCUAAUGGAACCAUGGUGGUCUGCAUUUGCUUGCCUGAGUCUGCAACUCGUAAAUUUAUUGAGUUUCUAUGUUUGAAGAAUUCUUCUAGUAAUGGGAGUGAGAACAAUGACAAUUUAUAA